AGCGGGGGAGGGGAGCAAAAGCAAGCGCGACUGCUCCCCUGGCACUUGUGCUUUUGUUAAUUCCCCGAAGAGGCAGAGAAACACGAGAUAACAAAGGCUCCGUUUCCUUUCUCUGAGAGAAGGCUUUUGUCUUGCCUCCUGCUACGAUGUCAGUGUCCGGCAAGAAAGAGUUUGAUGUGAAACAGAUCCUAAGGCUACGCUGGAGAUGGUUUAGUCAUCCUUCUCAAGGUUCGCCCAGCACUGGAAGCUGCCUUCAGCAGGAAGGAUAUGAGCAUAGAGGGACCCCGGUUCAGGGCAGGUUGAAGAAUCACUCUCGGGACAGAAACGGACUAAAGAAAAGCAACAGUCCUGUCCACCACAAUAUACUAGCACCAGUGCCAGGACCGGCCCCUGCCUAUCAAAGAGCCCUUCAGAAUUGGCACCAACAAAACCUGAUAGAACAUCUUCAAGCAAAUGAAGAUACCCCUAAAGAAGUUACAGGAGAGAAUUUGUUCAAAGAAGCUUAUGAGAAACGCUCGCAGGAUCUGGAGAUGAUGGCUGAGGACAAUCUAGAAGAUUCUACAGCAAGGUUAGAAACACAACAUUCUGAAGAAAUGAAUGUUUGCAGAUCCGAGGAGCAGUUCCACGCUGUAAACCACGCACAGCGAACUCUUCGUAGAAUGGAGAACUACUUGAAAGAGAAACAACUUUGUGAUGUGCUACUUAUUGCAGGACACCUUCGGAUCCCAGCCCAUCGGUUGGUUCUCAGUGCAGUGUCUGAUUAUUUUGCUGCGAUGUUUACUAACGAUGUUCUUGAAGCUAAACAAGAAGAGAUCAAGAUGGAAGGAAUAGAUCCACAUGCACUUAACUCCUUGGUGCAAUAUGCUUACACAGGUGUACUGCAAUUGAAAGAAGAUACAAUUGAAAGUUUGCUGGCUGCAGCUUGCCUUCUACAGCUGACUCAAGUCAUUGAGGUCUGCUCCAAUUUCCUCAUAAAGCAGCUCCAUCCUUCAAACUGCUUAGGGAUUCGAUCAUUUGGAGAUGCCCAGGGCUGUACUGAGCUCCUGAACGUGGCACAUAAGUACACCAUGGAACACUUCAUUGAGGUAAUAAAGAACCAGGAAUUCCUUCUACUUCCAGCCACUGAAAUUUUGAAACUUCUGUGUAGUGAUGACAUUAAUGUGCCCGAUGAGGAAACCAUCUUCCAUGCUCUAAUGCAAUGGGUAGGACAUGAUGCUCAGACUAGGCAAGGAGACCUGGCAAUGCUGCUUUCCCAUAUCCGACUGCCAUUACUUCCACCACAGUUGUUGGCAGAUCUCGAAAACAGUUCCAUGUUUAGUGGUGAUCUAGAGUGUCAGAAACUACUGAUGGAAGCAAUGAAAUAUCAUCUCUUACCUGAGCGGAGACCUAUGAUGCAAAGCCCUCGGACAAAACCUAGAAAAUCAACUGUGGGGGCCCUUUAUGCUGUGGGAGGCAUGGGUGCUCUGAAAGGUACCACUACAAUUGAAAAAUAUGAUCUCAGAACCAACAGCUGGCUGCAUAUUGGCACUAUGAGUGGCCGUAGAUUUCAGUUUGGAGUUGCGGUUAUUGACAAUAAACUUUAUGUUGUGGGAGGAAGAGAUGGUUUAAAAACAUUGAAUACUGUGGAAUGUUUUAAUCCAGUUGGCAAAAUCUGGACUGUGAUGCCUCCUAUGUCAACUCAUAGGCAUGGUUUAGGUGUAGCCACACUUGGAGGACCAAUGUAUGCUGUAGGUGGCCAUGAUGGAUGGAGUUAUCUAAAUACUGUGGAAAGAUGGGAUCCUGAGGGACGCCAAUGGAAUUAUGUGGCCAGUAUGUCAACUUCUAGAAGCACAGUUGGUGUUGUUGCAUUAAAUAACAAAUUAUAUGCUAUUGGUGGACGUGAUGGAAAUUCCUGCCAUAAAUCAAUGGAAUGCUUUGACCCACACACUAACAAGUGGAGUCUGUGUGCUCCAAUGUCCAAAAGACGUGGAGGUGUGGGAGUUGCUACACACAAUGGGUUCUUGUAUGUUGUAGGGGGUCAUGAUGCCCCAGCUUCUAAUCAUUGCUCCAGGCUUUCUGACUGUGUGGAAAGGUAUAAUCCAAAAAAUGACUCCUGGUCAACUGUGGCACCACUGAGUGUUCCUCGAGAUGCUGUUGCUGUUUGCCCCCUUGGAGACAAGCUUUAUGUGGUUGGAGGAUAUGAUGGUCAUACUUAUUUGAACACUGUUGAGUCUUAUGAUGCACAGAAAAAUGAAUGGAAACAGGAGGUCCCUAUGAACAUUGGAAGAGCUGGUGCAUGUGUGGUGGUAGUAAAGCUGCCCAAAAGCUGUCUGUAUCAAAUGGAAUCAAACUAG